UGUAAUAGACUCGUGGAUGUAGUCAAACAAAUGUUUUGCUGCCGUCAAGUCCAAGCGUGGAGGGAGGAGUGUAAUGUUCAGUUUGUUCUGUGGGUCGUCCUUUGCUGGCAUGGCCUCGCCCCGUUAGUGAUGCGUGUGUCACUGUCACAGUGUAUCCCAGGACUUUAGUGCUUGCUUUAUAGCCUACAUACAGGAGCGAAGAGACCAGCAUUGGACAGCAAGAGCUAAGCUUUGAUAGCGGAAAAGGAAAUAAUUUCCCGGAGACCUGGAAUUAAAGGUUUUAAACCUCUCUAUGAUAUAUGAUUUCAAGAAACGUUUUGUGGUGUUGGAUUAUAAAGAAGAGAACGUAAGUAGGCUACUAAAAUAGUACGGAUUGGUAUUUUUGAGUAAUAUUUCAGAUCACAUAGCCUACGCAUUUACCUGGGUAACAGUCGUCGCGAAUCUGAAGGUUCAAAGAUGCCAAGAAGAAAACAGCAAGCGCCGAAGCGGGCUGCGGGUAAGGGGUGUACAUGCCUGAUGACGAAUCAGGUUUUCAAGAGUCCAGCACAGAGGGUGAAGGACAGCAAAGUACCCAAGCUGGGGAAGAGCGUCCUGAGGAGCCCAAUCCGAAGGAGCCAAAGGACAAAGAGACAGACGACAAAAACAGCUACAGCCGCCAAAACUCUCCCAACAGCGUCCUGUCCAAUCAGGAGGCAGAAUUAGAGUCCCGCCUGAGUGAUGUCAGCGAUAUACCUUCCGACAAGAGCGACACGUCCGCCCAGAGCCAGAAGAAUGACGAAAGCAAAAGCACAAAGCUGGAGAACAGGACGAAUGGCGGGUUGGAGAAAAGGAGCUCCACCUACGCCAACUUCCUGUCCGACUCCUACUGGACGCGGGUCGGGCUGGGCCUCAAGGUGGGCAAAAAGGGCAGCAAGGGCAGCUGUGAUAGCACAAACGAAGGCGGCCCCAAGAGCGAAUUUGACUGGCACCAGGACGCGCUCUCUAAACACUUUCGUCCAGGCCACGCUCUGAAGCCCGCCUCCAAGACGAACCUGUUCGGCGGUGUCCACCUGCAGAGGCAGAGCGGCAGGGCGUGUGGGUCUGUGUUCACCGGGGCCAGCCGGUUUCGCUGCAGGGACUGCAGCUCAGCCUACGACACCCUGGUGGAGCUGACGGUCCACAUGAACAGAAGCGGACACUACCAGGAUGGGGCCCAGAGCAACAGCUCCUCAUCCAAGGGGCAAAAAAAGGGCUUGCAGGUCUCGGAGUGUAAGGAGGAUGCCCAGAAGGUCCUCAAGUGCAUGUUCUGCGGCCAUUCUUUUGACACCCUCCAGGACUUAAGCGUUCACAUGAUAAAGACUAAGCAUUACCAAAAAGUGCCUUUGAAAGAGCCCAUUCCUGUACUGCCGCCUAAAUUAGUGCCACACGCUAAGAAGCGGGCGCAUGAAGCCACCAGGCCUUGUUCUCCGGACUCCACGACAGGGCUGGCUACUAGAAUCAAUCCGCUAAUGUCAUUUGCCUCUCACAGUUCCCAUGCCGGUUAUGGGUACCAGAACGGUGCCAGCUACGCGUUUCAAUUUGAGACGUGCAAGUCCCAGAUUCUGAAGUGCAUGGAGUGCGGGAGCUCACAUGACACUCUGCAGCAGCUCACCGCUCACAUGAUGGUGACAGGACACUUUGUCAAGGUAACUAGCUCCGCGUCUAAGAAGGGAAAACUCUUAGCCCUGGACCCCGCGUCUGUGGAGAAGAUGCAGCCGCUUGCGCCAUCCCCGGGAAAGGAAACCCAGCAUACCGGCGAGGCCGAUAAAGCACUGCUGAAAAGCUCUACUUGGGAUGCUGAGAAGGACAUCCAUGAGGAAAAUAUGGAAGAGGACACAAAUGGCAGCAGUGCUGAAGGAAAAGGCUACGACAAACGGAAUAUUGAAGGUGAAAGGCCAGGGGACACAGCGUUUAAGGCCCAGUACCUGCGUGAAGAAGACCUUGCGCACGUAUCGACUGGAGGAGGUGAUAUACUGAAAUCUUUAGCCAACACGGUCACCUCUGCCAUCAACAAGGCUCAAACUGGAACCCCCAGCUGGAGUGCCUAUCCCAGCAUCCAUGCGGCAUACCAGUUUUCAGGACUGUCAAAAAACUCCAACUUGCCAGCGUCACAGCCUGUCCAGCUGAAACAGGCCUUAAACAACAAACUGAGAGUAAUAGCCCCAAAGGGGGCGCCGCACCGGUCUGCCCAGGGGGCAAAGUUUUUCCAAGCACAGCGUCACGGCUUGGAUGUGAAAAAAGAGAAUGGCGGCCCUCAUGUCGGCAAAGGGUGCCCAAACUGGAAGGUUGGCCGUGGCGAAAAGGACGGAGGCGAUGGCAAAGAGGUUUCUCCGCCAGUUCACAGAGACUGCGUGGAAAAAGGCCACGAUGUGAUAAAAAAGAGGCUGAGUCCUCAACUCUCAGACAAGAAAGGUAAGGAAUCCCCAUGUUCUUUUACCAGCGAUGGGUCACCACUCGCUGGCAACUCUCCUGAGGUGAUGUGUACAAACCCGCUGAGUGCGCUGCAGUCUGUUUUUAACAAUCAUCUGGGGAAAGCUAACAAACCAUCCAAUGAAAUGUCAGAACCAGAUAAUCCCGCUAGUGUCCAGACAACACUGUCCAAAGUAAGCAAAAAUCUGGAGAGCCCCGCUUUACCGACCGUUCCCUCCAGACCAAGGAGGGUGACCAAGGAGUUUACUUCUGAGAGCAAUGAUCAGCCAAUGGACUUAACGCAAUCCAAAAGGCCUAAACUAAGCACCGCCUGCCUGCAGUCGAGCGCUCCAUUGCAGCGGAAACACGCUUUAUCCGACAUCGCUGAUAUGGUCAAGAUUCUUCCAAAAGCCACAACACCAAAGCCUUCACUGCCUUCGAAACCGCCCACGGUGAAACUUGAAACGGACAUGCGAUGCUUUGAGGAUGUGUCGCAGAAGCGGAAGGGCAGGCAGUCCAACUGGAACCCGCAGCACCUCCUUAUCUUGCAAGCCCAGUUCGCGUCCAGCCUUUUCCUGACCACUGAUGGCAAGUACUUGCUAUCAGAACUUGGACCUCAGGAACGAAUGCAUAUAUCCAAGUUUACUGGACUCUCCUUGACCACCAUUAGCCACUGGUUGGCAAAUGUGAAAUAUCAGUUGAGGAAAACAGGAGGGACAAAGUUCUUGAAGAACAUGGACUCUGGACAUCCCAUCUUGCACUGCAAUGACUGCGCAACUAAAUUCCGGACACCCGCUGCUUUCAUAUCCCAUCUAGAAUCCCACCUCGGGUUCCAAAUCAAAGACAUAGGCAAACUUUCAAUUGACCAUCGUUCAAAAGCGGAGCCAGAGUUGACCAACUCUGUUGUGGAAAGACCAGCAGAAACACAGAAUGCAGAGGAUGAAAUUGACUCCAAGUUCAAGUGCAAGCUUUGCUGUCGAUCAUUCAUCAGCAACCAUGCUGUCAAACUCCAUUUAAGUAAAACUCACAGCAAAUCACCUGAGAGCCAUUCACAAUUUGUAGAAAAGAAUAGCUUCAUCGGUACUUAAAACAAAUGUUGCUGUCUAUUUAAUUUAGUUCUUAAUUUAAUGUAGGUAACUGGUAUUUAUUGUAAUUGUUUGCCAUUUUCAUUUCCGUUUGUAGGCCUGUUUCACUUUACAUAAUUUCAAGUAACAUUAUCUAAAUAUUACCAUCCAUUUUGGAAAAACUGAUAUGCACAUUACCUAACAAUUGGACCGUUGAGAUUUUUUGAUGAUGGAAACAUAGAUCAGGGAUAAAUAACCUUUUUUUGCAAUAUGUUUUGAUGCAUCACCAAUAAUAAGCUGUAUUACUGCUUGAAAAAUAAUUGCUGACAUUUGCAUGCAAUAGCACUGGCUAUGACCAUUUAUUUGUAUGAUAUGCCAAGGUUUCAUUUUAGUACACAAAUUAUAUGUUGAUCAAUGUGAUUUAAAGUUUAAUGACGAUUUACCUGAAGCAACACUGAAAUGUACUUUUAUUUCAUGGUAAAUUCCUUUGUAAAACAGAAGACAGAAAAGCACUUUAAUAAAUCUCUCAUCACCAGGCACAAAUUUUGCCAAUGGUCAUGUCAAUGAUUGGAAUGACACAACUAUUGUAGAAAGGCUGUAAGGGUAUAACAGUCAUACACAAUAUUGAUAGAUCCAAAAUACCUUUCAAACCGGACACUAAAAUAGUAGGAGGCCAGUACAUUUUGAGCAGAGUGAAAUAAAGUAUGAACAUUUUCCAAGACCUUGAUUUAAAUUUCACAUACAGAAAUUAUGCCACUUUCUAAUGUCUAACUUUGAUUCUAUGUUGCUACUUUAAUCAGUAUCUGAAAAUCCAACAGCUAAACCAUUUCUACAUUAGUCAGAAAGUCCAUUACUGUAGUAUAAAUGAGAGAAAUCCCAUCAAGAUCUGAGAAGUAUGCCAAUUCUGUUCUUUUUUCAUUGUACUUUUCACAAUGAAGGUUGCAUGGUUGCUAACCUCACAGAAGAGAAAAUAUUGACCACUCCUCAUCUUAACAGUGUAAGAACAGUUGGUUUAAAAAUGACUUCCGUAUGCACAGCCACCAACACUCACAACAAAUGCAACUUCACUCCACGCAUUGUUUCAGUCAACAGUGUGGAGAUCCUCAACCCCGUGCCCUCAGAUAGGAUUACCCAUUGAUUGGCCACAUACAAUUCCUCACUGGCCUAAUGGAAAUCAAGCAGUUUUUGACACUGCAUAUGUUCACAUGUGAGAAGGUUCAAAAAUACAGCGUCGCCUCUUUCUAAAUGAAAGAGUGUGCAUCAAUCGUUAAAUUAUGUCAACCUGAACUGGAAGAAUUAUGAAUUUUAGGUGGCACAGAAUGCAUAUUAGAAGUAUGGACAGGGGCAACAACCAUGAGCACUUACAGAUAAUAAGUGGUUGGGUUAAAAACUGCAUGAUAGUUACCAACUUGCAAAAUGGGACUGGUCUCUGUGUCAUAUGGUGUCUUUCAACAUUUAAAAUUUGUAUAAUUAUUCAUUCUUGCUACAUUUGUCAAGAAAAACCAAGACCGGUACUUCAGUGUGCUUGAUAAUAACCUGUCCUCAUUCACAUUUAGUGGGCUAACAGUUUAUAUUAAUAUUGUUGGUACAUUUUGUGUAAUUAUUUGCACGAUCAUUUAGACCAAAUCCAUUUUUUGAGCACAGACAACACAACUAGGCAAACAUUGUUAAAUCAGCAUUUAAGUGUUGAACAAGAUAUAAGUUUCUUUCUCUAGUUUUUGCUCAGUGUUAAUUUUAUAUGGUUUGCACAGUUGCGUAUGGACAGACUUAAGGGUUCCUUCUCUUCCAAAUAUAUUACUGUAUGCUUUAAACUUUAGAAGGCCUCACACAUAUUCUUGGUAGUGUACAAUAGACCAUUCCAUUGAGCAUGACUGAUUUAUUUCCUUAUUUUCACCUCACUCAGCUAAGCAUCUCAUCUGAAAAACAAGGUAUCCUACAUUACAGAUGUCUGUCACUGCUGUCUUCUGCUCAGUCCAGACAGAAGACUGACCCCUAGUGGCUCGCAAACACCACUUCCAGCAACAACAUUUUUAGGUGGCUGACUACAUUUUUACUCAUUUAAGACACUUUUAACCAGAGCAACUUACAAUGUAAAAGAACAUGAGUGAAUUCACUCAGCUUAUAUGAGCAACAGUGUCAGACCUGGCUAUUAAUGUUUCCAGGCUGCCGAGUGUAUAUGCAACAUCACUAAAGCGCUAAAUGUAAGUUUACCACGCCAAGCUGUACAUUUUAUAGACUGUAAGUACACACAGAGGAAUAUCCAAAACUUGAAUGAAUGUAAUUAGAAUUCAUUACAAUAAAUAGGAGUGCUGGUACUACCAAGCCCAAAUGUACUUCGUUUUAACCACUGGGCAGGAGUUAGGUGCAAGACAGUAUAGAGCUGCCGGCUAAUUAACUUCAGAAGAGCAUGGAAGGAAUCGUGGCUCAUGUUAGCAUCUGUCUGCAAAGCUGCAUGACUCAUUAAACACAACGUACCACCAUACAUGUUAAUGAGGGUUUCUCUAAGAGAGUGACACCAGGAUAAAAACAGAAAUUAUCCUCGAUCGUAUUCCGAGGUUCUGAAUAUGACUGUUAUCCACACCAUGUAUGUAACAAUCUGUGUGCUUAACAAACCUUUCUUUAUUUUAUGGGAAACUGUAUUCACUUUUCUGAUGCUACAAUAAAU